UAAACUCUGUCGGUGCCCUCCGAAGCGAACCAUGCCCAAAUGCUGUUACACAGCGGCACAGAAUGAAGGCAUACAGAUAUUUGUUGGUGCUGGCGGUAACUUCCUUUCUGCUGCUCUGGUACUACAUUUACCGCGUCGACAAUGGGACCAGCUUCGGCGACCAGCAAGAUUUUGCUGACCAGAUAGGAGACACUAAACACGAUGGCCAGGCCAGGAAAGUUUUACCGGAACUACCACCGAACGGGACGGAAAUUGCGGUGGUAGUCGUAGCAUGCAACGAGCGGCACAACGAAGCACUCAACUCACUCAAGUCGGUCUUAAUAUUUAACCGCAAUCAGGCGCCGCUCCGAUUUGUGGUGAUUGCGGAGGAGAAGCUGAAGAUAAACUUUAUGGAAAAGUUAAACGAUUGGCAGGAGGUUACCGAUCGGAUAUUUACGUACGAGAUCCAUUCCUUAACAUUCCCGCGCGCCAACAAGGACGAGUGGAGGAAAUUGUUUAAGCCGUGCGCUGCUCAGCGUCUGUUCCUUCCGUCCCUCCUGUCACACCUGGACGCUGUGUUGUACGUAGAUUCCGACACCGUGUUCCUGUCACCGGUGCAGGAAAUAUGGGGCCUGUUUCAGAGCUUUAACGCAUCCCAGUUCGCCGGUAUGGCACCUGAGCACGAAGACAAGAAUGCCGGAUGGUACAACCGGUUUGCGCGCCAUCCGUACUACGGCGAGCUAGGCGUGAACUCGGGGGUCAUGCUGAUGAACCUGACGCGGAUGCGCGAAUUUGCCUGGGAAGAUCACAUACUGCCGAUCUACCGCGAGUACCGGCUGCAGCUCGUCUGGGGUGAUCAGGAUAUACUAAACGUGCUGUUCCACUACAACCCGGACCGGUUGUACGUGUUUCCUUGCGAGUGGAACUACCGGGCGGACCACUGCAUGUACAUGAGCGUCUGUGAAGCCCCUGAUGGGGUGAAAAUAAUCCACGGCAACCGAGGGUACUUUCACUCGCAGGCUCAGCCCAUCUUUAGUCUCCUGUACGCCACACUCGAGCAGUACAGCUUCCGGACCGAUGUCCACGCGAACGUAAUACGCACCAUCGAAGAAUCGCUGGUGCUACCGAGCAACUCUAACUGUGAUAAACUGCUGGACAAGUUCCUGCAGGAUCCACGCAAAUACUUCAAGCACAAACAGUAUGACGAGCUGGCCUAGGCCGGCGUAUCUGUCUGCCGGUGGUCAAUCGGUUUUAUUUCGAUGUCUCUCUCUCCCACGAUGGCUACCACCUGUGCAUCUGUGCGCAACUUGAACUCGCAAUCGUCCAAUACCACGGCAUUUUGUGGCCGGUGAAAAUAAGAGAUUAAUGACCAAUUCAUGAGUAGAAGAUUUCACUAGAUGUAAAAAAAAACGGCAGAGCGGUUAACAAG